AUGCGCCGCAUGGGAGGCCUGGGUCCUGCUCCGGAAGAUAGCGCUCACCGCCAACUGCACGCUGGCACCAAUGUCUUAUUCUCCAGGGCAGCACAUCACGCAGGCAUUGUUGGGCCUUUUGGUCUCCUUGGUUGCGCACUUUUAUGUGCCACCGUACAGGAAGGAAAAAACAUGCUCAGCAUUGUAGAGGGUUCUUCGCUUACAGUGGUUACGUUGGCGGUGAUAUUCGACAUGUACGUGUCAACGAAUAUCUGGAGUUCGACGCGAUUUACGAAGAUGUUGUCAAUUGCGUUUGCGGGUGCACUACUCAUCGUUUGGUUGUUCGUGCUCAUCGGCUUGAUGAUCCAUACCAAAUGCACGGAGAUGCGCCGUCGGGAGCAGGGCGAUAGCGAUCGGAGCGAGAGCGGUGAGACCGAGCAGACCGACCAGACCGUGAUCGACCAUGGCGAGAUCAACAAGAGCAGCAGUGGACACUUGGCGAAAACACACAAUCGCAAGUGGUGCUGGAUCUGGUGA